ACCAUGUUCACAAAUCUCACUGCGUGCACAAAUUGGUUUGUAAACAAUACUCUCGUAGGAACGUUUGAAUAAUAUCAAAUUUAAUUUAGAGUUGAUAGCCUAUCAGAGACCGUUGCAGUUUUAAAGAGAUUUUUCAGUACCAUCGAACGAACUGUGCAAAAUCAUGAAAAUAAACAAGAAUCAACAACGGAAUCCUGGCAAAAUGAAUCUGCACGAAGGAAAACCGAAAAAUGAUCGCUUCUUCCACAAGCGUGAUUUUAAGCCGAAAAAUGGAAGCGGUAAUGGUCCCUUUAAACCGUUCAAACGCUUUGAUAAAAAUAAUCCCCCCGGACCACGUGGAGGCAAACCAUUCACUAAUAAUCAACCUCGCAAUGGUGGACAGGAAGAUCACAACAGGAAUAAAGCUCAAAACGUUGCUCCUACCAAUGUUCCUUUCAGACGGGUUGGCGAAAAUAACCAAACAGGACCAGGUAAGGGCAAGCCAUUCAACAAAAAUCAGCGUGGUCGUAGUGGAAAUACAGACGGCAAUUGGGCAAAAAAUAAAAACGUAGCACAUUCGGGUGCUUCAACCAAUCAGAAGCCACAAUAUCAUCAACGGAACCAACAGCGCAAGCAACGGAACCAACAAAAGCAUCAGAAACAGAACCAGCAACGGCAGCACCAGCAAUUGAACCAAAAGGAUCAGCAACGGAAUCUAUCAAACCAACAACAGAACCAAAAUCUGGAUACUCUGUUCACCGCCAAACCAGCUAAAUUGGACUAUUGCCUGGCACCGGAACGGUUGGACGCUCAAGCCCGGGCACUGAAAAGGUUCGAACAGCAGGAACAGGAAGCUAAUCAGCAGCAGCGCCGUAGCGAGAAAGAACGUCGUCACAAGCUGAUGACGGCUAAAACACGAAAGGGACAACCGGUGAUGCAAGGCCGCAUGGAGCUGCUCUAUGAGCAGGUACAGAAGAUGGUGGCCAAAUAAGUGCAAUAAUAAGUAAGCCGGCGUGUGUUUAUCUAAUAAUACUUUAUUACCUAAUAUUAAGAGCAGUUGCAGGCUGCCUCUUCGCUUAUUGAAUUGUUUGAAAUACAACAGUAUAUAGUUACGAUGAACUUAAAACGUGCACGUUGAUUUUGAUGAGAUAAAAUAGUUUAUCAAUAAAAAAAUUGAAAGAAUCAA